AUGUUCAUACCAAAGCGAGUCUAUCUGACACUACUUCCUACUUGGGAGCACGAAGGAGCAAGUCAUCACUGCAGACGUUUUGCAUUUGUUUUCGAUCGGGCCGACAAAAGACUCGAGCGAACUUCGAAGAGUAUCCAGUCCUGCAUGAGCUGCUCCAAUGGGGCCAAUGCAUUAGGCAAGCACGUUUUCUGGCGGUCGGCUCAACAGUUUGGUACUUUUGUGUGCAUUCUGCAUGCAGCCCAACACGAAGCCAUCGGAUGA